AUGGGUCACCAGGACCCACCGACUGCCCACGCCGCCUGGUGUUUUUUGCUGCUGGUCUGGCUUGCCAACUCCGCCCUGGGGCACGGAGACACGGCUUUGCAGCCGCACGGCGGGUAUUGGUGGCCGAGGGGGGGCAGGCCCGCCCGCAGCUACCCCCACCUCCAGGGUGACGCGCGGAGGAGGCGGCUCUACUCGUCCACUCACUACUUCCUGCGCAUCGGCGGGGAAGGCAACGUCGACGGCACGCGUCGGGUCGAGUGUCCAGACAGUAAGUCUCGCUUGCAUUUGAUGCUUUCGAAGCUUCUGUUGUUGUUGUUGUUUAGUCAUUUAGUCGUGUCCGCCUCUUCGUGCCCCCCUGGACCAGAGCACACCAGGCCCUCCUGUCUUUCCACUGCCUCCCGCAGUUUGGUCAAACUCAUGCUGGCCGCUUUGAGAACACUGUCCAACCAUCUCAUCUUCUGUCGUCCCCUUCUCCUUGCGCCCUCCAUCUUCCCCAACAUCAGGGUCUUUUCCAGGGAGUCUUCUCUUCUCAUGAGGUGGCCAAAGUACUGGAGCCUCAGCUUCAGGAUCUGUCUUUCCUAUGAGCACUCAGGGCUGGUUUCCUUCAGAAUGGAGAGGUUUGAUCUUCUUGCAGUCCAUGCGACUCUCAAGAGUCUCCUCCAGCACCAGAAUUCAAAAGCAUCAAUUCUUCGGCGAUCAGCCUUCUUUAUGGUCCAGCUCUCAUUUCCAUACAUCACUACUGGGAAAACCAGAGCUUGAACUAUACGGACCUUUGUUGGCAAGGUGAUGUCUCUGCUUUUUAAGAUGCUGUCUAGGUUUGUCAUUGCUUUUCACCCAAGAAGCAAGCGUCUUUUAAUUUCGUGGCUGCUAUCACCAUCUGCAGUGAUCAUGGAGCUCAAGAAAGUAAAAUCUCUCAGCUUGCUGGUUCCUCCUCCAGGUGGAUCACGUUUGGUCAAAACUCUCCACUAUGACCUGUUCAUCUUGGGUGCCCUGCUCGGCAUAUUUCAUAGCUUCUCUGAGUUAUUCAAGCCCCUUCGCCACGGCAACGCAGUGAUCCAUGAAGAGGAUCCAUGAGGCUUUUAGUCCUCAUUAAAGCAGAAAAGUGCACUAGCGUCCCCAACAAUGCAAGCCUUGGGAGGAAAGAGUCAGGGGCGUUUGGGGAAAACUUUGGUGUUCCAGAUUUUCCCUGCCUCACAUCCUCCCUGGGAGUUGUAGUUCAGCAGCGCCCGGUGCACUAGAGGUUCCCGAUGCCAGCUUUAGGAGAGCAGAAUCCUAAUUUCAGAUGCAGCGAUGCUUCUGAAUCGUGGCUGCUGAAACGAGAGGACGGGAGAGUUCUCUUGUGUUCGAAUCCUGACAGGUUUCCCGCUUUGAGAACAGGUCUAGCCGUUUCUGAUGUUCCUCACUUGUGAAGCAAAGCUAGCAUCUUAAACCAAUGGAGUAAGCUCCUUUGGGGUUCACCUCCGAGUCGACACCGUUAGCAAAUGCACUCUGAACGGGCGAAACUUCCAGUUGCCAAAUCAGUUUAGUGUCGGUUUUUACGGAUAAGGAAGUUGCACAAGUCCUGGCGGUUCUGCAGAGACGUGUGACUGAUUAUUCAGAGUUUGUUUGUUUUUUUAAAAUUGCAGUCUGUAUGACCUCAGAGGUCCUCUCAUCACAGCGACUGAGUUUUUUCAUGCUUCAAAGAGAGCGCAGAAUCCAAAACUGUGUUGGGGGACAGACUUACCGUAUUUUCCGCUCUCUAAGACGCACCAGACCACAAGACGCACCUAGUUUUUGGAGGAGGAAAACAAGAAAAAAAAUAUUCUGAAUCUCAGAAGCCAGAAGAGCAAAAGGGAUCGCUGCGCAGUGAAAGCAGCAAUCCCUCUUGCUGUUCUGGCUUCUGGGAUAGCUGCGCAGCCUGCAUUCGCUCCGUAAGACGCACACACAUUUCCCCUUACUUUUCAGGAGGGAAAAAGUGAGUCUUAUAGAGCAAAAAAUACGGUAAGCUCCAAGUUGUAGGUCAAAGCUCUCAGUUUCCAACUCCAGUUAAACUCCAGUUUUUCUGUAAGAUCCUGGCCCCUUCGUCUGCAAUCGCAACCAGGGCUAACGAUCAAUAUAUUGUCCGCAACUGGUUUGAGGUCCCUGUUAUGCUAUUGGUUCCAUCAUUUCUGACCUGCCAAUAUAUUGCAAAUUGUUAUACGUGUGUGCAAAAGAUUCACGGAAACCGUGAAGCCAGCCAAUGCCUCUACGAAGCUCCCUCCUUAUUCCAGACGUUGCGAUAUAUCGGUAUAUCGCCGCGUUCAGCCGGGGAUAGAUCACAAAUCUGAAAACCAAACUAUCGCCCAGCCCUAACCGGAGGCGUCAAACUCUGCUUCUCUGCCACGAGAAAUAAACGCAAAGCAGGGAGUUUUGCUUUUUAAUUGCAUUUAUUUUCCACCAUUUUCCGUAAGGAGCUUAAGGCAACAUACCUGGUUCCUCUCCCCCGCUUCUCAUUUUAUCCCCCAAACAACCUUGUGAGGUAGUUCAGGCUGAGAGAGACAGCGGUUGCUCCAUGGUCACCCAGGAAAGUGGGAAUUUGAACCCAGGUCCUUCCCCAACUCUCUAACCACUACACCACACUGCCUCUCUGAGGCAUCCCUCACUAGUGCUCACCUGCAAUAAUCUGCGUGCAUUUUUAGGGGGUUAAUAAGUCUCGCUCUUUUGUCGGUUGCCUACAAGAUGACGAUGCUUUAAGAAAAGACAACACAGCCAUAGUCAUUAAUGACAACUUUGCAACAAAGCAUAAUCACCGACAACAACAACUUUGCAGCAAUAACAACAUCCUCCUAAAGCUGUCCUCAGAGUAAGGUAAAGGUAAAGGGACCCCUGACCAUCAGGUCCAGUCGUGUCCGACUCUGGGGUUGCGGCGCUCAUCUCGCUUUACUGGCCGAGGGAGCCGGCGUACAGCUUCCGGGUCAUGUGGCCAGCAGGACUGAGCCGCUUCUGGCGAACCAGAGCAGCGCACAGAAACGCUGUUUACCUUCAGGUUACAUACACUUCAGGUUACAGACUCCACUAACCCAGAAAUAUUGCUUCAGGUUAGGAACUUUGCUUCAGGAUGAGAACAGAAAUCGUGCUCCAGCGGUGCAGCAGAAGAAGGAGGCCCCAUUAGCUAAAGUGGUGCUUAAGGUUAAGAACAGUUUCAGCUUAAGAACGGACCUCCGGAAGGAAUUAAGUACUUAACCCGAGGUACCACUGUAUUUUAGGCAAGUGUCCACAAAAAUGAAUAUAAUCGUGAAUAUACCAUACCAAAAAAUUUUUUGCACUGUGUUGGGUUAAACUGCUUGCCACAAUAUGACCAUUAGGUAAAACUGCAAACAAAAAAAAAGUGUUUUUAUUGGGAUGAAUUCAAACCGAAACGCCGAAGGAUUUCCGCGAGGAUAUUUUAAAAAUAAAACCACAAAUCGCUGCAGAUGUUCAGAGAGCUGAAUCGAAGAAAAGUUACAUAUGGGGAGAAAAAAAACCAGACAUUUCCUUCCGUCUCUUAACUCUGGGGCUCUUCUGGUCUACCUCACUAGGUUGUCGUAAACGAGGAGAAGGAAUUUAAGUGCAAUUUUUAAAAAACAGAAAUAAAUUAAGGGCUUUUUCCCGUCUCUUCCAGAUAUCGUGGAGAUCCGAUCUGUGCGUGCGGGGAUCGUGGCCAUCAGGUCAGUCCACAGCGGGUUCUACUUAGCGAUGAACAGAAAGGGGAAGCUCUACGGCACGGUAAAUAUUCACAGCGGCGUCUCCUGCAAAACAGCGCCCUGCUGUCAAUCGGCUGCUGUCACCCUGAUGGGCGGGCGACACCAGUUGACGCGAUGGGGCAGGAUUUAGCUCUGCAGAGUCCUCCCCCCAUCCACAAUGGGUCAACCGGGGGAACCCAUGUAUUAAUGAUAAUAAUAAUAAUAAUAAUAAUAAUAAUAAUAAUAAUUUAUUAUUUAUACCCCGCCCAUCUGGCUGAGUCUCCCCAGCCACUCUGGGCAGCUCCCAAUCACAUGUUAAAAACAAUACAGCAUUAAAUAUGAAAAACCUCCCUAAACAGGGCUGCCUUCAGAUGUCUUUUAAAGAUAGGAUAACUGCUUAUUUCCUUGACAUCUAAAGGGUGUUCCACAGGGUGGGUGCCACCACCGAGAAGGCCCUCUGUCUGGUUCCGUGCAACCUCACUUCUCGCAAUGAGGGAACCGGCAGAAGGCCCUCGGAGAUGGACCCCGGUGUCCGGGCUGAACGAUGGGGGUGGAGACGCUCCUUCAGGUAUACUGGGCCGUUUAGGGCUUUCAAGGUCAGCACCAACACUUUGAAUUGUGCUCAGAACGUACUGGGAGCCAAUGCAGAUCUCUCAGGACCGGUGUUAUGUGGUCUCGGCGGCCGCCCCCAGUCCCCAGUCUGGUUGCCGCAUUCUGGAUUAAUUGCAGUUUCCGGGUCACCUUCAAAGGUAGCCCCACGUAGAGCGCAUUGCAGUAGUCCAAGCGGGAGAUAACCAGAGCAUGCACCACUCUGGCCAGACAGUCUGCGGGAAGGGAGGGUCUCAUCCUGCGUACCAGAUGGAGCUGCCCUGGACACAGAAUUGACCUGCGACUCCAUGGACAGCUGUGGGUCCAAAAUGACCCCCAGGCUGCGCACCUGGUCCUUCGGGGGCACAGUCAGCCCAUUCAGGACCAGGGAGUCCCUUGAUGUCAGAUGAUUUGAUAGCUGACUGGCCUUGCUCACCUGUCACGGUUGGGAUUAGAGGGUAAGAGAUAGAUCUGUCCCACUGUGCCAAAAAGUUUCCCCUAAGACUGGUAGGCUCUGGGGCAGAGGCUGAACCCGGGAAGCUUUUGCAUGCUCGGCCGUUGACGACUCACAGCCCUUCCCUGAGAAUUCGGGCAUAUUACCCAAAUCAGAAGCAAGAACAUAGUCCUCAUGGUUCCGUUUCGAAGCCGGUUUCGUAGGAACUGCCUUCUGCUAAACGACAAGGAGGCGUCUGCCUCAGCAUUGUGCAAGCUGCAGCUGUCUGGGGGGCAGCCCAGAUGUCAGGGAUUAAAAGGGGAGGUCUCUUCUGCAUGAAAGCAGUGACGGAUUUAGGUAUAAACUAAACAAGCUCUGGUUCGCGGGUGGCGCUGUGGGUUAAACCACAGAGCCUAGGGCUUGCCGAUCAGAAGGUCGGCGGUUCACAAAAAAACAACAGCAAUUUGUUGUGGACAAAGGACAGCUGGACAUAUAAAGGGCCCCAUUACCUUCAGGAGCUGAGGGCCGCAUCAAACCUAAAUCCGGCCCUGCUUGCAAAGGCAGGUGUCCUAACGUCCGAGCUGCGUCCGCCAAGCCAAAACCAACCUCCAUCCUCCUUUUCUCUCCGCAGAAAGCGUACACCCCCAGCUGCAACUUCGUGGAGCGGAUCGAAGAGAACGGCUACAACACUUACGCUUCCUUGCUUUGGCACCAUGAGGGGCGCCCCAUGUUCCUCUCCCUCAACGCCAAGGGCGUCCCGCGAAAGGGGCCCAAGACCCGGAGACAGCACCUCUCAGCGCACUUUCUGCCCAUGCUGGUCUCCUGA